UCCGUUUCCUGGAGCAAUAUUUUCAGGAUUUUUUUAAAAAAGGUCCAGCAUUGCAGACCUUGACUGUUGCAACAUGAGCUAUGUGUGAGGUUAGUGUGCAAGGAGGCUAGGGUAAGACCAUAAGAAAUGGGAAGAGGAGUAGGCCGCUUACCCCUGACCUUGCUGCACCAUUCAAUAAAAACCAUAACUAAUCCAGCAUUCCUCACGUCCGUUUUCCUGCCAUAACACCUGAUUCCCCAGCUAAUCAAGAAUCCAUCUAUCUCAGCCUUGAAUUCUGGAGACGAAAUAAAAACCCAAGGAGCCUUCACGGGGUGGAUGCUGAGAGGAUGUAUUGCUCGUGCGAGAGAUUAGAACUGGGAGACACGAUUUAAAAAUAAGGAGUCUGCUAUUUAACCUGAAAUGAGGGGAAAUGUUUCAGAGACUCUCAAAUCUGACGAACCUUCUUCCCCAGAGUGGAGGAGGCAGGGUCACUGAAUAUCCCAUUACGGAAGCAUCUAAUAGUCGGAAGUGGGUACUGCAGAUGCUGGAGAUUAGAGUCAAGAUUAGAGUGGUGCUGGAAAAGCACAGCAGGUCAGGCAGCAUCCGAGCAGCAGGAAAAUCGAUGUUUCAGGCAAAAGCCCCGAUGAAGGUGGCAAAACGGUUAGCACUGCUGCCUCAUGGCGCCAGAGACCCGGGUUCAAUUCCCACCUCAGGCAACUGUCUGUGUGGAGUUUGCACAUUCUCCCCGUAUCUGCGUGGGUGUCCUCCAGAUGCUCCGGUUUCCUCCCACAGUCCCAAAAAUGUGCAGGUUAGGUUGAAUUGGCCAUGCUAAAUUGCUCAUGGUGUUAGGUGAAAGGGUAAAUGUAGGGGAAUAGGGUCUGGGUGGGUUGCUUUUCGGAGGGUCAGUGUGGACUUGUUGGGCUGAAGGGCCUGUUUCCACACUGUUAGUAAUCUAAUCUAAUCUAAACAGUACUUUCUUCAGAGCAAUUGAAAGUGUGGGCUUGAUGUUGAUGACGUAUUUUGGAAGUUAAAUAGAGGAGGUGCCACAACAUUGAUUUUACUCUUUUACCAGAGCCAGGCAGAUGCUGUUUUGACGCCAUGGCUAGACACAGCAAGCUGCAGAAACAAGUCUUAAGUCUUUACAAACAAUUUCUCCGAGCUGCCAAGGAGAAACCGGGAUUUAUGCCUCUGGUUUGCAGCGAAUUUCGCAGGAACUCCAAAAUACCCAGGACUGAUGUUAUGCACAUUGAGUAUUUAUUACGAAGAGGGCAGAGGCAGUUAGAACUGCUCAGGAAUUCCAACACCAAGCAACUGGCAGCGUUCAGUAGAUUCAAUCAAAAGAAUUUUGGGCCAUAAAAAUUGAAAGACUCGCUGUGGUAGCAAUAAGAGCUGGCCUGAAGACUUAAUGUUUGGAUUAUUGUAAUAUGUUUCCACAACCGUGCAAGGAUGUAAAUUAAAUGAGUUAAGUCACAGGAUGUAAAUACAAUGCAGUGAACUAGUUUGGAAUGGUUACAUUAAUAUUUUAAUAAAAAUUACAUGUAUGAAAA